AUGAAAAAAUAUUUAGUUUAUGAAAAUAUGCAUAAUUCGUAUAUCUUGAAUAGUAUAAAGAAUGGAGAAGAAUCGGAAAAGCUAGCUGCCCUGAAUGACCUUUACGAACAGCUGAACCUGUCUGCAGAUGGCGGGUUGUCCGUUUCCCAGAUGGAAGAAUACAUCAACGUACUGAUCCAUGUGAUUAAUAAGCCACACAUGAAUUACAACAAUGCAUAUGGAAGGAACAGCAACAGUGGUAAUGUCGGGAGUGGGAAGAGUGGCAGUAAGAAAAAGGGCAAAGGGGUGGGGAGUGCCAAAAAUAUGGGCUCAGUGAAAAUUAAGGACACGAUGGAUAGCGGGCUGAAUAGCUUUUUUAAGAUAAUACAGGAACGUAUAGGGGUUUAUGCGUCUGAUUUUGAUGAAGAUGGAAAUGUUGAUGAGGAGGAUGAGGAUGAAGAAGAAGAAGAAGAUGAUGACAACAACAACAACAAUGAUGAUGAAGAGGAGGAUGAGGUGGAUGAGGACGAUGACGAUGACGACUAUGAGGAGGAAGAAGAAGUAGACGAGUGUCAAGACGAUGAGGAGGACGACGCAGAUCAUGAUGAUCAGGAUGAUGAAGAGGGGGAAGACAAUGAGGUGGACGAGGUAGACAACGUUGGCGAGGCUAGCGAAGGCGACAGCGAAUUUGCCUUGAGCGAUGCUAAUGCAAAGGGGAGAAAGAAGAAAAAGCGGAAAGAUGCAGCCAAGGGGGGAAAGUGCAAGGGAAACAAUAAAAGCAACAACGAAGGUAAAAAAAAGCGUGCGAGUGGAUGCGUCAAUAAACGGACCAGCAGAAGAGCCAGUCAGCGUAUCAAUGAUCGAUUAAACAAAGGCAGUAACAAAGAAGCCAAGCGGGAGAAGACUAAAAGUACGAAGAAGGCCCUACAAGGUGCCAAGCCAAAGGGGGAAGAAACAAAAAAGAAAGCAACCAACAGAGGAGUGAAAAAAGAAAUAAUAAUAAACUCCGAAGAUGAAAGCAUUGACUUCUUCUCCUAUUCUAGCAAUUCGAGCGACUCAUCCAGUGAAUCAUGUGAAUCAAGUGUCACAGAAGAAAAUGAACAAAAUUUUCUAAACGAUGCAUGUGCAAUAGAUGUAAAAUAUAUUAAUAUCAUUUAUACGGCCACGUGCUGUAUAUAUGCAAUUCUGGAUAUAUACCCCCAAACCAUAAGGUAUGUAAUUAACAACAAAGACGGUAUAAAUAUCCUAAACAGAAAACUGAACGACAUUGAAUACAUUGAUGUUGCUGAAGUGAUUUUAAAAAUUUUCGAAAAGUUAGUAGAGAAAGAUCCUAUGCUUAUUUUGAAAAAAAAAAGUAUAAAGUACAUGUUGAUGCAUAUAGAUUUCUACAAUGUAAACAUUCAGAAAAAAAUCUUCUUCUGUAUCAUCCAGAUGAUUAACAAUAUCAGCAAGCAUAGGCACAUAACGAAAUAUAUAACUCCUUACUGUUCCAUUUUUACAAAUUUUUUUCAUUUCCAUUAUAUUCAUAUACUAAAUAUUAUAUGCACCCUUUGGAGAUCUCUCCUUGAUAAAAUGAUCAUCGUUCGGUUGGAGGAAGAGAACAAAUUGAGGACGAAAACGAGGCGUUCCGUCACCGAUAAUGGCGCAGGUGCAAAAGAGGGGAGCUCCUUGGCGCGUAGAAAAGAUUCCAAGGGAGACUCGUAUCUGAGUAAAUUGAUGGAGAAGACUGAUAAAAGGAAAAAAAAAAAACGCGAACAGGAGGGUGCCUCUGGUGCAAAGGGAAAAGGAAAAAUGAAGGGGUUAACUGGUACCCCCUUUGUGAAAAGCGGAAGGGCAAAGAAACAAACGGGAGAUAAUCCCCGUGAAGGGGAAGUGAUCGAAAUAUCGGAUGAAGAGCAAACGAGUGAUUUUCACAAGAAAAGAGGCAACGAUACUGGGGAUGACUCUAUCUAUGAACAUCUGGGUGAAGUAAAGUCUAACAAGCAGGUGAAGAAGAAGAAGGAAAGCUCAACUAAUAAGAAGAGCAAGAAGAAACCAAAAAAUUGCACAAAGGAAAAAGUGGACGAUGGCGAGGAUGUGGAGGAAGCUGGAGAAGUGCCCAAUAUUAUAGACGUUGGUGAGGGUAGCGAAGAUGAUGAAGUGGAGAUAGAUGGAGAGGACAGAAGGAGGAAAUCAAAGAGACAGGUUCAGAAGAGGAGCAAGUUAAAGAAAGAUGAUAACCUGAUCAGCUGCGAAUACGACAGAAGGGGAAGAGACCCGAAGGACAGCAGAAACAAGGGCCAAGAAAGUAGUAGAAAGGGAGCCAAGAGGGAGCAGAUAAAGGACGAAGAUGUGUACAUUUUGGAUGACCAAUUAUCCGAUAGCAUCAACUUCAAAAAUAGCAAGUCGAAUGAUAAUGUCAGUUUUCUGAGUUCAUUUUUAAAAGGCUCUGGCCCUGUUAGCGGAUCAAAGGGUAAAGGUUCGAAGAAGCCUAUGAGGGAAUCUUCCUCUCAUGGCGCAGAAGAGAGGGAGAAAGAUUCCCCCCAAAUGGAAGGCACGUUCCCAUCCAAGGACGAAAAGAAGAAUGCCACCUUUGUGCACCACCAAAACAAGUUGCUUCAAAAUAUUAUCCAUCUGAAUAGCAGCGAAAGCACUCACAUCAAGCUCUGCGCAGAGAUCGAAAGCAUAUACAGCAUUAACAUUCGAAAUAAUAUUAUUAAGUUGCUGAUAGAGUGUAAAAUUGAGGAUAACUUGUACGCCUUCAUGGAGACUUUUUAUAUCAUUUCUAUCUUGGUACAUCACAGUGAUAAUAUACUUGAAGAUUUCUGUAACAGUGAAUUCCUGAGCAAGUUUAGCGAGAUCUUUCAAAAUGAGAAGUACCAAAGUAAUAACUUUUUAACUCUGUACCUUUUGUUUACGCUGUACUCCUUUUUGCCAAUGUGUACGUUUAACGGGUUGGUGAUUUAUGAUUACGACAUGGGCACGAAUCUAAGUGGCGAGGCCUUCGUGAAGCAAGGGAAAAACCAAGGCGCAGAUGAGGAAGACGGAAAGAACAGCAGCAUCGGGCGAAAGAACAACGUUGAAGUGGAUUCGAGUGAUGAUGGAUUUUUCCCCCCCGACAAUACCCCCGAUGGAUACAUGCCGAACACGUUUCCAGUGGACGUGAAGAAACAUAAGUUGGAUUUUUAUAGGAACCACUUUAACCACCUGGCCACCCUAAUAAAGGUGAUCAUACCGAGUGUGUACAGAAUAUACGAGGAGACUGUCUAUUUCGACAUCAAGUAUUUGUGCGUAGUUAUCACAUUGUCUGUUUUCAUUUCGAUGUAUAAAAUAUCUUUGACCCUGAGUAAGGAUGCGGAGUUUGUCAACUCCCUUGAGUACAUUUUUCUGUACCACAAGGAAACGUGUGCCUUUAUCAGGAAUCUCGUUUUGAAUAACCUAUCGGAGUCGUCAGUCAUUAGUGGUAUUAUCAUGUGUAGAAUUGUGGAGCACUUUGCAGUACUCAUUGGGGGCAAUUCGAUGUUCGAGUCUGUAAAGGAUGAGGAGAGGGGAGGAAAUACAGCAUUCGUUAAUAGAAAUGGUUAUGCGCUUUGUGAAGGCACUGCCCAUGUGUUGCACCCGCUAUCGGACAACCAUGGAUCCCAUCUACACGUGCUAAAGAAUAUCAUUAGUAAAAUAUUGGAAAAGAAAAUGGACGAUAUGUAUUCUACCUGUGAGGGUAAAUACUUGUGUCCGAACAAAGAAAUCUACAAUAUUAUGUUUUGCUAUUUUUACGAGCUGUAUAAGAAAGGAGGGGACUGCGGUGAAGGUGUUAGAAAGGGCCGAUGUGAAAGGAUCAACUUCCUAUUUUUCAAUUGGGAAAGGGAAAUGAAGAAUAUUUCCCUCGAAUUUGAGGUGAUUUUUUUGAACUACCAAAAUAUGAAGCUAGCCAAGGAGAAGAACAAAAUGGAGAAUGGCGCCCAACCCAUACGUUUAAGUCACCUGAUUGUUGACGAGCGCACAUGCUACAAUGGUAUCGUUUUGAGUUAUUGCUAUUUGGUUAAUCUGUUUGGUCAUCUAUCCUCCAUGGGGGAAGACGCUUCCAUCUAUUUCUACCAAUACAAUGUGGCAAAGCGUCUGUAUUUUUUUCUGUUCCAGAAGUUGUUUUAUCAGGACGGGCCAAGUGAAAUGGGUAAGAAAGGGAAUAACGACUUGAAGAAUAAGUACAGUUCCCUCGCAUGCUGCGACAUCAAUCGGAGAAACGUUCUAAAUUUGCUAAAAAGCAUCGACAGAAAUGUUAGACUGUACAUCUUUUUAUACGCCCUACUGUUUAAUAACCAUAACAAAAAGGGAGAAGUCGUACGGGGGUUAUUUUUGAACAGCGUGAGAAGGUUGUAUGGGAUAUUCUACGAACUGGGUGGAGACCAAGUGAUCGAUGAUAUUGAUGAAGUGCAACUGAACAGAAUGAAAGGUGUAGUGACAGAUAUUUUCGACUCUUACCACUAUUAUUUAAUUAUGAAUAACCUGUCCUUUACAAAGUGUUCGCUACUCAUUCGGUUGACAAGGGAGUGCCUAAACGUACAUGACAAUUUGCCCAUAUACUUUUUCAAAGAUAGUAGGAAGGCUCCUAACAACAGCUGGAGCUAUGGUGGUGCGAAAAAGGAGCAGGGCGGAAUCACACCUUUAGAGAAAUCCAAUUUUUUUUAUCACGAGGGAAGUAGUAACGUGGAUUCCUGGACCCAAAACUACGAUGAUUUCCCGUCGCUAAAAAGCGAAAACCUCAAUUCUCUAUUUAUCCCCAAGUACAGGAAAAACAACAAUGAUGCUUUUGUUAAAUCUAUCAAGCAAAGAAGGAAGAAGGAGAAGGACGAGGAGAACGUUGGGGUUAGUGGCAAAUGUAGCCGUAUCGAAUUGGCUGAACAGAAAAAGAAAAAUGCGGGUUCAUCACAUUGCAAGGGGGGCAUAUUAGAUGAUGGUGCUGCCGCGGGGGAAAUGGGGAAUGAAGGGAAUGGUCAGCUGAAUAGGAACAUCCAGGGGGAGGACGGCGAAGAGGACCAAGGGGAGGUCGCCUUUGACGUGAAUUGCGAAAAGAUGCGGAUAAUAAAGAACAUCCAGAGGGAGUUCCAGAUAGGGGAAAAAGAUGAGGCUGACGACGCGAAGGACACACAGAACAAUAAUAAAGCGCGCCGAUCCCGCGAAGCUAACCGGGGCAACCCAGUCAUACCCAUCAUCGACGUCUUAAAGGAGAUCUCCAAGGAAGUGGAAAUCAUAAGGGAAAGAGAUCCCGACGAAGCGAAGAACCAAAUGGUAGGGAAUGCCGACAACGUGCACAGCAAGGCAGGAGUAGAAAGAGAAGGAAUGAUGGACAAGGCAAACAAAGAAAAGAAAAAAAAAAACAACAAAUUGAAUGAAAGCAAGAAGGGACAUAGUAAUCUAUUCGAUUAUUUCACUGGAAGCAAUUACAAACAUUUUGAUUACAUUCCGAAGGAUUCAUUUUACGAAAAUUUAUUUUAUGAUAAUAAUGACAGCACAGAAUUUGAUAAAAAGAAAAACAAGAGCAUAUAUAAUAACUACAAUUGUCAUUUCCCUGUGCAUUUGAGGAGAAACGGUCUGUACGUGGAUAACGUGUCGAUUUUCAGUUCCCUCAAUGAAGGCUUACCCAUCUCGUUGUCUUUGGAGAAGAUGAAUCAGGGCUCUCCCGAAGCGAGCGCAGAAAGUGAAGCAAACGAGUCCACUGCGCUGAACGAAUUAACUUCUCAGGGAGGACAAAAAUUAUCUGAAUGCGGAGCUACCAAGGAUGAGGUCGGGAAUCACAGGAAGGACAACAAAAUGGUCGAAGACAUAAAUGAUGAGAAGAAGCAACUGAGCGCGAGCAUCGGAGGAGGAAUUUCAAAAUUGCAAAGAAGCCCAAGAGGUGUGGUCCACAACAGAAAUGCUUACACCAAGGAUCUUACCCACAGACUGCUCUUCUUAGGAAGGAACUAUCAGGAUAGGCCAAAGAACCUACACGCCACCUUCAACAUAUUUGAUUCGCUCAAUAAGGUAGAAAACUACAUAAAGAAAAAUCUAAGCAGAGGCAACAGAAAUGCUAAUGCAAAGUACUACUCGAAGGAGGAUGACUUGGUUAUCCUGUCAGUUAACGGUAUUGAUGUACACAACUAUUCGUGCCUUUCCGAAUAUCUCAUAAAACUCAACGAUCUGUAUUAUAUGAGGAGAAAUUCAGCUUGCCUUAAUGAAGAGAAUAUUUUUUACAACACAGACAAUUUUUACGUGUACAACGAUAUUGUAGAAUUACUUCCUAUACAUUAUGGGCAAAUGAAAAGUCAAAUAAGGUAUCUAUGGAAUGGGCAUGGAAAUGGAAGUUCAGCGUCGGAGAACUAUUCCCUUGGUGGUUCUCUCUACACGGGUGAUGGUUAUCCCUCGCAGAUCGGAAACAACACUCAUAGUAUAAAUUUCAAGGUAAUUAAAAAGAGAAAGCAGAAUGAGCUUUCUUGCUUGAAUUUCUUGCCCGAUGAUUUCUGUGGUAAAGGCAAUAUACACAUUGUAUCUAAGAAAAAGAAAACGAACAACAAUGCAGUGGAGCUGAAUGAGGAAACGAGAAGGAAGUUAUACGAGAGGAGAGAAAACCAGGACGAUCUUUACAGUUAUGUAGAUCCCAUUACCUUUAGGAAAAUCAAAUCCAGCAUUGAAACCCCGUUAAACUGUAGAAUUGUUAGCGAGAAGUUUAAUUUUUUUAACAUUUCCUUCGACUUGGUUAAGAAUUUAUACAACGCGGAUGAUUUGCGAGAUGGCACCUGGAAUGGGAAUGUUGCGGAAAAUGGGGGAUUGGGGGAGCUCUCCAAAAAGUGCUUCUUCCGCAUGUUGAAAGGGGAUCCUACUGAGGAUACGAAAAAGAAGGAACAAUUGAAGCACGAAGCGCGGGAUGACGGUUCGGAAACCAGGGGGAAAUUGAGCAACGAUCAAAAGGCUGACGUAAGUGCAGGGGUGAAUAACGUGGACCUCACGGAUGGGCAAUACUACGCAGACGAGUAUGAUGCAGACCAGAUAAUGCCCUACGCGGAGCACCUCUCGGAGGGGGAAGAGAAACCCUCCUUCUUGAUAGACUACCUAAAAGAGCACUACAGGAAAAAGGAGUUGAAUCUUUUCUUGUCGCAGAGAAAUUGUGUGGAGAGUGAUUCGAUGUACUUGUCAACCUUUUUAAAAACCGAAAUGAGGAAAGUGACCGAGUUAGUUUUCUUGGAUGAACACUACAUUAAUAAGGACGUGAUGUUGAGUACGCAUCUACACAACAUUCACUUUCUGGUGCAUCAAGGGGAGAGUGAUAUGGAGGACAGUAGAACAUGGCGAAGGGAAAGUCUCGUGGAUAGAAUUCAUAGAAAUCGAGAGAGGGAAAGGUCUCUAUAUGUGAAGUAUCGCAAAGGUGGAAUUAUCAACCAGGACACCAUAAUAGGGGAACAAGCAAAAGAAAGUAACCAUCAGAAUGACAUUAUUCCAAGUGGGGAAGAGCAGUACCUCCUAUUUAACUACAUGCCUAUGUACAGCGAAAUUGUGAAAAGAGACAAAGUUUCUGCACGAUUGAGGACGCGUAGUGGUGGAUCUCGGAAGGAAGAUCAAUGUGCCAGAAAAAUGAGUAGUCGUUCAGGUCAACGGGCGAAGGGAAAAUCUGGACAAGCACGAGACGAAGAUAAGGAUAUUUUCCUACAGAACAUAUACAAUUUUAUGUUUUUCAAGUUCCUUUACUUGUUGUGUAGGCAUUUUAAUAUGUGUGACAUUCCAUCCUUACUGACGUUUUACUUGAAUAACAAAGCCGGGGAUAAUUCCAUGUGCAAAGUGCGAGAUGUCGAGUCAAGUUGCAACGAAAUGUUAAACGCGGAAACGAUAAAGGAGAUGAAUAUCCUGAUGGAGGAAGAGUUCUUAGAAAGGGCAUCGGAAGUAGCACAUGGGCAGAGUGAAGGAAAUACUCCUGAUAGAGAGAUAAAUCCUGUGGUGGGCAUAAAAGAUAUAAAGAAAAAGUGCUUCAUUCUGAACAGCAUUAACAACAAGGUGAUGUACUACUUGAAUAAUCCUCUCUUCCUAUUCAGUGAAAAGAUCCCAUCAUGGGUAUAUAAGAUUUUUUACCUGUUCAAUUUUGUGGUGGACAUUGAUAUAAGGCUUUUAUUCUUUGAGGUAGUUUAUUUUGGAAAUUAUAGAGGCUUAUAUAAUUACAAGCAGAAGAUAAAAGAAGUAGUGGAAAAGUUCAACGACAAAAUAAGUUUCGGUAAUAAGUCCCUAACGGAGGAGCAUCUACUCUCCGUUUGUGCAAAUUAUACAUAUAACUGUGAUAAGAAAAAGCUGUUUAAUUUUUUAUCCGAUAAUACAACUUUAACUUUACCAAGGACGAAGAUUAAAUUGCACCGAAACAAGAUGGUCGACUCGUCCUUUCGAAUAUUUAAUCAUAUGCAUUUUAUCAAUUCAAAUUUUAUUACUCCAUCGUAUUUGGACAUCGAGUUUUUCAAUGAGGAGGGCACGGGAUUAGGGCCUUCGCUAGAAUUCUACAAUGAAGUGAUAGAAGAAUUAAAGAAGGAAAAACUAAAACUGUUCAAAUUGGAGGAUACUUACUUAUUCCCCCUUUCCUACAAAAUUGACUUAAAUAAUUUCGACUUUAAUUUACUGAAGAAGCCGAAGAGUUCGGAGCUGAUGGGACUGAACAGCGCGAACAACAUAAAUGGAGGAGCACACAGUGGAGGAAAUAAUUACUACGCGUAUGCCAGCCACCUUGGCAACCUCGGUAGCAAGGGGUACCAUUUGCAAAAUGCUAACCCAACUCAGUCAUCGUCGUCAUCGCUAAACAGACGCAUAAAUGUUAUUACCGAAGGGGCGAACGGAAGCAGCUACCACUCAGUGAACAGCCUAAUUAACCAUUUCCUCUACUCCAUGAAUUCCAAUGUGUUUACCAAUGAAGGCAACAGCUUCGGGAAAUACGAAGAUCUAUCCGAAAUGGAAUUCCUAGGAAACAAGAUGAAGUCUAAAAAGGGGAAGAAGAAUUCUGAGAAUAUUAAAAAAGGUAGUAAAAAAAAUGAGAUCAAGAAAAAGAAUAAUGCAUGUACCGGGGGGGAUGGAACGAAUGUAGGUGGUGUCAGCAGCACAAGCAAGAGGAACAAGAAAAAAAAUGAACAAGCCAAAGGUACGAGUGAGAGGAAUAAAAAGGGGGACGACCAACUGUUUACCGAUAGUGACGUAACGAAAGGGCAAAACAAACAGAAGAAAAAAUACAUCAACAAGGGAGAUGAAGAAGCGGAGGAGGACAACAUGGAGGAUGAUGAGGAUUAUGAGGAGGAAGAGGGUGAUAUUCCUGGGGAGAAGAACACCUAUAGUGAGAAUUAUCGCAAGGAUAAGACCGACUCAAGUGUAAAGAAAAGCACCCCCGCAACGAGCAACGCGUGUUCGUACAAAAAGAACACUGGGUUUGACGCCAGAAUGGAGAGCAUAAUUAAAUUAGGGGAAGAGGAAUAUAUUAACUCUGAGAAAAAUAAAAAGAAAAGGAUUAGGUGUUAUGUAGGCUCGAGUGAGAAGCAGGAGGAGGAAAGUAAGAAGAAGAGUCUGAUGAGUGAGAGGAAGGUGGUGGAUACCAAGGAGGGAUUACCACCGGUGGAAGGCUCAGAAAGUGUGCAAAUGAAGCAGGCACGGGAAGGCGCUCCAGAGGAGGGGGGAACUGCAGUUGACCACUUCAGAGAGGAAGUAAACCAGGGCAUUGAAAAAAUUGACCCUCAUGGGGAUACGCCGAGUAGCACAGGUAAGAUAGGCAAAGACCCACAACGUGUCGCCUCCCAAUCCGAGGAAGAGGAAAAAUUCGAUUCGGAAGAGGUGGUGGAAAAUACAGGAAAGAGCAAUAUUGAGAAAAAGAAAACGGAUAAGAGGCCAAGCAGCAAAAAACACCAUGCAUCUAAAUCUAACGAAAUAAAGGAUUCGCAAAUAGGCAUAACGCCAAACAAAUCGAUGAACGUGUCGGGUGUAGGGAGCAGCUCCAGAAACGUAGACAACGUGUCGAUAAAGGAGGAGAAAGCUGAGAGGCACUGUUGUAAAUUGUUGGACAAGGGUAUAGAAAGUAAGGAAGACGAGGGGAAGAAAAAAAAACUUGAUAAAACGAAUAAGGAGGAGGAUACGAAAAUUGUGAAAAGUGAAGACAGCAAAAAGAAAUAUCUCCUCUCUGGCGAUGUUCAACAAGAACAAAUCGCAGACAAUGAGAAAAAGGAGACCAGCGAAAUGGAAAACAAAAGUGUGCAUGUCAAGCGAUAUAAGCUAUUUACUAAAGACUUCGAGGAGCAUUUUAUGAAGGAAGAUAAUGAUAUGGAGGUAAGUAGACAGCAAGAGGCACGAAGAAAAAUUAACCUAAAUGAUGAAGCAAACUUAUCUCCAUCAGUAGCACAAAAUAUUAUCACUUCACUCAUAAGCGAAAUGGAAAACAAAUCAUCUUCACAGGAAAUUAAUUUAAAGACAUCCAAUGAAGCAAAUGAAAAAAUCAAGGAGGAUACUGCUGAGAACAAGAGUAAUAAGGAUGAAUCAAACAAACCGAUGGCCAACAAUGUAGGCAGAAAGUUUAGUGAAAACUUUCAAAAGAAAUUGCACGAGAAGAGCAGAAAGAAGAUAACCAAUAUUGAACAAGACACCCUUGAAAAUAGACUCUUUAAGUACUUCAAAUUGUUGGGUCAGUUGUGUGCAAAAAUUUUAACAGACAAUAGGAACGUAAAUGUUAAUUUGCACCCUCUGUUUUGGUACCUGGUUAUGAACAACUCCGGAUAUGUUAACAUCUCCAAGUUUCAGCACUAUCAAGCGAUCGACCGAGUCAACAUGAGCAGCAUAAAUAAACUGCUGGAGUAUCGAAAGGAGAACAAGAAUGUUGAGGAUUUGAUGCUCGAUUUUACCCUAUUAGGGAGCGACCCACCCGUUGAGCUAAUCCCGAACGGAGCCAACAUUGCGGUGAACAACGAAAACCUGGACUUGUUCAUAAAUAAAACCAUCGAGUAUUCGUUAUACGAGGGGAUAAAGUUUCAGAUAUGGGCCUUCCGCUUCGGCUUCAGCACGAUCGCCCCCCUCUUGUGCACCAACAUAUUUGAUGAAGAGGAAAUUUGCGAGUACCUCUUCGGCAGCAAUAUCGAGAAUGACGAACACUGGACGAAGCUGCACCUGUCGACAUAUAUUAAGCCGGACCAUGGGUACACCAACGAUUCUGUUACAUUUAUCACCCUGAUCGAAAUUUUAUCGGAGUUCAACAAGGAAGAGAGGAAACUGUUUGUUAAGUUCUGCACCGGAACGUCUGCCUUGCCGAAUAAAGGAUUUGCAGCUUUGAAGCCUCUAAUGAAAGUUGUGAAGAAGGAGGACAAUAACGAUUUGCCCAGUGUAAUGACCUGUACCAACUACUUAAAAAUUCCCGAUUAUAAAAAUAAAGAAAAGCUCAGGAACAGAUUGUUGUACGCCAUUAAUGAAGGCCAGAAGAUUUUCUCCUUAUCGUAG